GGUUUACAUCCUCUGAGCUGAUCCAGAGUGUCUGCCCGCUCGGUCGACCUAACCCCCCUCACGAGGAGCCGUGCUGGCACUCAACAACAACAUUCAAGCUCGUGCCGCGUGUCCCAGUCAGCGUGACAGCCAGCUAGUGUGGAACGCCUCGUUCUGAGUGUUUUAUCGGCCACGAGGAGAAAGUAGAAGGAUGGACCCGCUGGUUGCUGCCAUUGACCAGGGCACGAGCUCGACGAGGUUUCUGGUGUUCAAUGCAAAAACAGCCGAACUGAUAAGUCACCACCAAGUAGAGAUCAACCAGAGCUUCCCCAAGGAGGGCUGGGUGGAGGAGGACCCCAAGGAGAUAAUGCAGUCUGUCUAUGAGUGCAUGGAGAGGACCUGUGAGAAACUCUGCCAGCUCAACGUCGACAUCUCCAACAUAAAAGCGGUCGGGGUGACCAACCAGAGAGAGACCACCCUGGUUUGGGACAAAGUGACCGGAGAGCCACUCUACAACGCCAUUGUUUGGCUGGACCUGCGCACUCAGUCAACAGUGGAGCGGCUCAUCAGCAAAACUCCGGGACAAAACAAGAACCAUUUCAAGCACAAGACGGGCCUUCCCAUCAGUACCUACUUCAGUGCAGUGAAGCUACGCUGGCUGCUGGACAACGUGGACGAAGUGCGACAGGCAGUGCUAAGUGAGCGUGCCAUGUUUGGGACGGUGGACUCCUGGAUUAUAUGGUGCCUGACGGGAGGCAGGAACGGAGGGGUCCACUGUACAGACGUCUCAAAUGCCAGUCGCACCAUGCUCUUUAACAUUCACACCAUGGACUGGGAUCCUGAACUCUGCAGGUACUUUGAUGUCCCGAUGGAAAUCCUCCCCAAAGUCAGAAGCUCCUCUGAAAUAUACGGCUGGAUGAACUCCGGCCCUCUCGCAGCAGUUCCCAUCUCAGGGUGUCUUGGGGACCAGUCGGCUGCCUUGGUUGGUCAGAUGUGCUUCAAGGAAGGCCAGGCCAAAAACACGUACGGGACUGGUUGCUUCCUGCUCCGAAAUACAGGGACCAAGCUUGUGAUGUCAGACCACGGCCUGCUCACCACAGUUGCCUACAAGCUGGGAAAAGACGAGCCUGCCUGCUAUGCAUUGGAGGGUUCAGUGGCCAUCGCAGGGGCAGUGGUACGGUGGCUGAAGGACAACAUGGGCAUUGUGCAGUCUUCCUCAGAGAUCGAGAAACUAGCAGCUGCAGCAGGCACGUCUUACGGCUGUUACUUUGUGCCGGCUUUCUCCGGGCUCUAUGCCCCCUACUGGGAGCCCAGUGCAAGAGGCAUCAUCUGUGGGCUCACUCAGUUCACCAACAGGAGCCACUUGGCGUUUGCAGCCCUUGAGGCUGUCUGCUUUCAAACCAGAGAGAUCCUUGAUGCAAUGAACCAGGACAGCGGCAUCCCCCUGACGCAGCUGCAGGUGGAUGGAGGCAUGACGUCCAACAGAUUACUGAUGCAGCUGCAGGCCGACAUCCUCUGCAUUCCCGUAGUGCGACCCACCAUGUCAGAGACAACGGCUCUGGGUGCAGCCAUGGCAGCGGGGGCAGCAGAGGGGGUGGAAGUGUGGAGCCUGAGCCCCGGGCACCUCCCACAGGUCACGAGUGAGAAGUAUGAGCCGCAGAUCAACUGUGACGAGAGCGAGUUCCGCUUUGCUCGGUGGAAGAAAGCCGUCCAGAGAGCCAUGAACUGGGAGACCACAGAGCCUUGCUUCAAUGCCAACGGUUUAGGAAAGAAGAUGAACGGCGCCCCCUGGGGGGUCCCUCCCACCCCGCCACCCACCAGAGCGGACCCCUAAGGUCCGACGUUUACUACUGCUGCACGCAACACCGACUUCUUGUAUCACAAGCAGUAAUCGUGGUCCAAGACCUUAAUGGGGAACAUGGCAAAGCCUACUGUGGAGCAACACUAGAAGAAGCAAUGUGCUCGUAUCCCAUGGAUGUGACGUGACUGAAAACCGUGAUCAUUAACCUGAAGUGCCAGCUGGAAUGAAGACACAAUAUGAUGCUUUUUAAAGCAACUAUGGAACCAUCGUGUCUGGAAUUACUUAGGCUUCCUUCUCUGAAAAAGGGAAAGUUUCUUAAACUUUUUAACCUGACCAUGAAUUUGCCUUCUUCAACCUGUAAGGUAAAGCAUAGGAACAUCAGGUGUUCAGUCUAAAGUAAAGAGCAGCACUUCUGUACCACAACAGGAUGCUGUACUGUUUGCUUUUCCAUUUGUUCUGUACAUAGUGUUGGUGUUUGUACUUUUUUCUUCUACACUUUGGAAUGUACAAAAUCCAAACAUCUGAGCAGAUGUUACGCAUGUUAUGUGACUAAUUCAGUUUUGGAAAGUGGUCACUGCUCACCUUCCUUCCUGUGAAGUGGGGUUUGUUUUUGUUGGAACUUAAGAGGAAUGUCCCUGCAGUCAAAGGUUUCAUGAGAUGUUAAAAAAAAAGUAAUUUAUUGGAUGAUUUAACGAUGAGCUUCAACAUUUUGGAAUGAGGGAGAAAGUGUUAAUGUUUUGACGGCUUUCCCCCUAUGCAGAAUUGACAGACACUUUGCAGGCUCUCACCAGCACUUUAUAAUUUAUCCUGUGUAUGGAGAUGAUUGUAGGAGCCAUGCAGGGUUUUUAAAAGGAAUAGCUUUUUUAUCCCAUUUUUAGGAGGGAAUUUUAAUCCUCACAAUCCUCCUCAAUCACUCCACAGAUACAACAGAUUAAGAUAAGGCAAAACAAUAAAGUACAUUUUGAUUCUGUUCAUAAACAAUGUAUAUUUCUUCAGUCAUACGGAACCAAAUGCUUUUAGAUCCGAGCCAUGGUACUGACCACUGACAAAAGUCACUUUAAUUCAGAAUGAAGACGCAUCAAGAUUAAGAUCCAUUCUGUGAAAAUGGAACGUUUGGUUACUGUAUUCAUUUCUGGGGACUGCUAACUGAUCAUUCUGAUAGGGAUUUACUUUAAAGGGUGUUUUCCACAUUGUAAGAUCCUAUUUGUAUACCUGCCAGUUGAAAUUUGUUUGACAUGAUGUGUAGCAAGAGCACUUGGCUCUGCGGGAAUGUAUAAGAGGCUGUAAUUACUGUAGAACCUGACUUGAAUAAUAAAAAUGUGUCAGCACUUAA